AGGGAAGCCGCCGUGGAAUAUUAACACCCAGCACCUCGGAAAAGCAGAGGAAGUGAGCGGCAGCAAUCAUGAAGGAAAUUCAUGGAAACGUCAGUGCCCCAUGAAAUGACUCUUCCUGGAUCCUCCAUUUGAAUCCCAGCAUCCCAGGUGAUGAGGCUUCACUAUGGCCGCUGUAAAGUGAACAGAGAGCUCUGACAGAAGGAACUUCAUCUGUCAGUCCAGGGAUGGGGAGAAUGAAGUAGAUGGUAUGGACCUCGGCAAAAAGCUCAGCAUCCCCAGAGACAUCAUGCUGGAAGAACUGUCAGUCCUCAGUAACCGAGGGGCCAGAUUGUUCAAGAGGCGCCAGAGGAGAUCAGAGAAGUACACAUUUGAAAACUUCCAUUGUGAAUCCAAAGCAGAAAUGAAUUACAGGAUCGCCAUGCAGAAUGGAACUCUGGAUGGCAGCAGCAUGGAAGGGGGCUCCCAGCGUGGCCCGCUGACCCCUCCUAACACGCCGGACCCCCGGAGCCCACCCAACCCAGAAAACAUCGCACCAGGAUACUCUGGCCCACUGAAGGAAAUUCCUCCUGAGAGAUUCAACACCACAGCUGUCCCUAAGUACUACCAGUCUCCUUGGGAGCAGGCCAUCAGCAAUGAGCCGGAGCUGUUGGAAGCUUUCUACCCCAAGCUCUUUAAGCCUGAAGAAAAGGCAGAACUCCCAGACUUCCGAAGCUUUAACAGAGUUGCCACACCAUUUGGAGGGUUUGAGAAAGCUUCUAAAAUGGUCAGAUUCAAAGUUCCCGAUUUUGACCUGCUCCUGCUAACAGAUCCCAGGUUCAUGGCUUUUGCCAACCCUCUUUCCAGCCGGCGGUCCUUCAACAGAACUCCAAAAGGGUGGAUAUCAGAGAAUGUUCCCAUAGUGAUCACUCCAGUGCCAGUAGAGGAGAAUACGGUGCCAGAAACAGAUGACCUGUAAGAAGAAGCAAAAGCUCUAAUGCUCCAUCCCCCACAACUCACCGUCUUACCAGGAUGCUUAACCACAGAUGCUCCUUGUUUGCCUUAGAAUCUAAUUGGUAACCAUUUAAACUGCAAUAUUCCAAAUUUUGUUUCAUUUACUCAUAGAAUAUUAAUAAAGUCAUUAAGAACCCGAUCAGCAAA